UGGACCAUCAAGCAUUAAACGAUAAAAAUCAAGAUAAUCGUGUCAACUUGUCGAGUUAUACACGUCGUCGUCAUACCGCGACCCGUGACUUGUCAAAAGUUUACACCCCCUCACCACCAACAACCCACUAUGUACGACCCGCCGCCGGAACCUCCGUCAGAGACAGACUGCUGCGGUACUGGUUGCGCGGACUGCGUGUUCGACGUGUACGACCGAGAAUGCGCGCAGUGGCGACGUCGGCGCCGGACCGGCAAUGCUGACCGGCUGCGGCGGGACCUGUUGUCAGCGACCACGCACAAGCCGUACCGGAUCGUUUCGGCGCGGCCGCUCGGCGACGACGUACAUGCGUAUACGUUUGCGGCCACCCCGGAGUCCGUCGGCCGACUGCCUGUUGCGUACACUCAGCACGUGCACAUCCGGCUGACGGACGGCCUCAGCAGACCGUACACGCCAGUGGCCCUGGGUGACGAUUGCUCGUUCGACGUUCUGAUCAAGGCWUACCCCGGUGGAAGAUUCACCGGGCGCCUGUUGGGAAUGACUGUGGACGACGUCGUCGCAGUGCGCGGGCCUUCAGGUGGCGUGCGGCACGACGGCCACGAUUCGAUAGUUAUGUUCGGCGGCGGUACUGGUGUGGCCGCCUUCGUGGGUCUGAUCGGAUCGCUGUUGGACGACGACCAGUGCGAGACGUUGCUGAGACUGCAUUACUCGUGCAAAACCCUCGACGGGGUGCUGAUGCGCAAGGAGUUGGCCGAUUACGCGGCUUAUUGGAAUUGCGCAGUACAUCUGUACUUGACAAGGGAACGGAAUUGGCCACAAUGUUCGAAAUCGUUUUGGUACAAUGAAAAUAUAACGGAAGGAAGAAUUUCGGAAGACGGCAUGGCUGAAAUAAUUGAUAGACAACAACACUUGAGAACGCUAUGGCUCAUUUGUGGAAACGAUGAAUUCAAUCAAUUCAUUUUCAACUGUUUACAAAAUCACAAUAUUAAACGAGAUCAUAUUAAAUUAUUAGAUAAUACUGUAAAAGGUUUAAAAAUAUCUUGACAUG